AUGGACGACCCAGAGGGUCAGUCCAACGGCUCAGCACUGGACGAAGCACCAUUGUUGUCCUCUCUUCCCGUUUCUCUUCCCGUCAAUAAUAAGAACACCUCAAUCCCUCGCCAAACACCCGUCCCAAGUGUCUCGAACUCCCUACCCGUCGAAACUCCCCUCUCGAAUGGCGCGCUCGAUGCUUCCAGAGAUGCCCGACAGAUUGUGAGGUUGGCGCAAUGCCCGCAAUGUUCAUACCCUCUCCGAGAGCCAGUUACACUACCGUGUGGGAAUUCGUUAUGCAAGAAAUGCAUUCCGAAGCUUCAUCUGCGGCCGAACAUCACCUAUCCUGCUACUGAGAACCGGCUACAGGGCUUCAUAUGCCCUUUUAUGGGCUGCGAGAAAGAGCAUGCAGAUGGUGAUUGCGCUGUGGAUGUGGUGGUGAAUAAGAUAGUAGAAAUUGUGAGGAAUGAGAUAGAUGUGUACAAUGAGAAGCCUGGGGUUUCGGAAGUGCUGGUGCACGUCGAGGAGAGGAAUAAAUGGUCAACUGCGGGCAUAUCUUCUUUGCAGGAUGAAGAAGUACGGAGCCGGGUCUUGAAAGGCGGGCGUCUCUGUUCUACAUAUGCUAUGGCAGAAAUGGGCGAGCUGGCAUAUGAUUCCGAAGCCAUAUAUACUGCCGUAUCACCAGCCGGCGAGAACACAGGGACAUUCGAUGCAGCCCUACUGGAAGAUUUGACGGACGCGACGAGACCAGAGCUGGAUUGCCAAGUCUGCUACGGGUUAUUCUUUGACCCUCUCACCACAGCUUGUGGCCAUACAUUCUGCCGGAAAUGCGUACAUCGAGUGCUAGAUCACUCAAAUCUGUGCCCGAUAUGUCGGCGGGUUCUGUCAAUUCCACCCAGCAUCAGUGCUCAACAAGCGCCAUCCAACACACUCCUCAUCAAGCUUCUAAUCGGCCUCUGCCCCGAAGCAUUGGCCGCACGAGCAGAAACUGCCAUGGCAGAAGAGUCGAGCGGUACCGCCGAAUUAGACACCCCGCUAUUCAUUUGUACACUGUCAUUUCCAUCCAUGCCGACAUUCCUUCACAUAUUCGAACCCAGAUAUCGUCUCAUGAUUCGUCGAGCGAUUGAGAGCGGAGGCAGGAAAUUUGGCAUGCUCCUCCAUAACCCAGAUCGAGAAGAGCAAAGCAAUUCAGGCCAUGCUCCUUCAUAUCAAUAUGGAACAUUACUUCAUAUCGUCAAUAUGCAUCUUCUACCCGACGGCCGAAGCCUGAUAGAAACGGUAGGCGUAUCAAGAUUCCGGGUUGUCAAACACGGCCUCUUGGACGGCUACACAGUUGGUAAAAUUGAGAGGAUAGACGACAUCAGUAUUGCCGCCGAAGAAGCCCUCGAAGCAGCGGAAACCGGCAACUUGGCCAAUCGGCGCAAUGCUCCAUCACAAGGUCAUUUCGGCGCACAUUCUCAUCACAGCUCUACUCGAAACGAACCACAACCCCCGCCAGUCAUGGAACUAGAUACCAUGUCAACGCAGGAUUUAAUGGGGGUUGGCACAGCGUUCGUGAAGAGAAUGCGCGAGCAAAGCGCUCCAUGGCUCCAUAACCGCGUUUACGCCGCAUACGGCGACUGUCCAGAUGACCCGGCCCUUUUCCCGUGGUGGUUCGCAAGCGUGCUCCCCACGGCAGAAGCAGAGAAAUACAAACUGCUGGCUACGACUAGCGUGCGGGGGAGGUUAAAGAUGUGCGCGGGCUGGAUCACGCAGCUUGAGGCUCAGAGAUGGUAUGCCGAUUUCCUAUGUUCUGUAUAUUAG